CCGCCGACGCGACUUCCGGCCCGCGGCGCCGAGGGGACGCGGGUGGCGGCGGGCGCGCUCGGCGCUUCUCCUCGGCGGGACCCGGAGCUGCGGGCACCGGGCGCCAUGGCGGACGACCUAAAGCGAUUUCUGUAUAAAAAAUUACCAAGUGUUGAAGGACUUCAUGCUAUUGUUGUGUCCGAUCGAGAUGGCGUGCCUGUUAUUAAAGUGGCCAAUGACAAUGCCCCCGAGCAUGCUUUGAGACCGGGUUUCUUAUCCACCUUUGCCCUUGCCACAGACCAAGGAAGUAAAUUGGGGCUUUCAAAAAAUAAAAGUAUCAUCUGUUACUAUAACACGUACCAAGUGGUUCAGUUUAACCGUUUGCCUCUGGUGGUGAGUUUCAUAGCCAGCAGCAAUGCUAAUACAGGAUUGAUCGUCAGCUUAGAGAAGGAACUUGCUCCCUUGUUUGAGGCCUUGAGACAAGUGGUGGAAGUUUCCUAAGUGGACAAUGCAUGGUGUCAGCGCAGCUUGUCUUCUGGAACAGACUCAGCCUCAGCCCCACGACUGACCGCUUAGUGCUUGUGUCAGUGCCCAAGACAGCCCCUCUCUGCCCAAAUGUGGCUGUGGGUACAUCUGUCCUCUUCACUCUGGCCUUUUCUUCCCCC